AUGGUCGCCUCGCUCGUCCGCUCUGCCGCGUCCCGGCGAGUCUCGUCCGCCGUCCGCAACGCCGCCCAGCAGCAACAACGGAGGAGCGCGAGCGGCGGGAUCCACUUCAACGAGCCCAGCGGUCGUCUGUUCGGCGAGAAGCCUCUCAAGCCUGGCCAGAAGCGCGUCAAGGAGGACUGGGAGAACAUUUACUACUACGGCUUCGGCGGCACUUGCCUCCUCACCGCCAUCGGGCUCUACUACAAGCGCGACACCUCAAUCCAGACCUGGGCUCGGGCUGAGGCGAUGAAGAAGAUGGAGGCUGAGGGUACCCUCCCCACGUACGAGCGAUCGUAG